AUGGCAUCCGUGGUACAUGCAAAGAAGUACAUCAAGCCACAUGCCGGCGUGAUUACAUCAGCAGUAGAAACUCACUGUAGACCUACCAAGAUACCGGUCUGGACUGGCUAUACAAGUAGAUCAAGCAGUGAGGAUUCAGAUGAACAAACAUCAAGAAUCAAGUCAUCUGAAAUACGCCGGUCAUUAACAGCAUCCAGACUUCCUGUCAAAUUUGACGUCGUCCCCGGAAGUAAAGUGGAUGUUAAAGACAUGCGCACUAGUGAUGUGGUGCGACCAAGAUCAGAAAGACAAAGAGAGAUAAAGGAGUGUCUCAGUAUAAACCAAGCCCGAUGUAACGAGGCAAUUGAACAGGGAUUAAAACAGGUUCUCCCUGGUAUCAUGAAGCAACUGCUUGUGCAAGGAGUUGGAAAAAAGGACGAGAGCUUACCUAAGGGAAGAAAGCAGAGCAAGCCAAGGAAUAACGGUAGCAACCGCAAGAUGUCAGCUCUAAACAUCUCUGUACCUCGCAAAACCAGUACGCACAGAAAACUGCCUGGGAAGCUACGUACGUCUGACAGUUCCAUAAGUGGAAACAGCAUUAAAACUGGUAAUCACAAGACUGAUUCAGAUGGUUUUUCCAACUCUGAGCCAGAGAGCGUCCCUAACAAGGUUCAGAGCGAGUCAGAAAAAUUGUCAGAUGAAAAAGAAAAACCAAAAAACGAGUAUGUUUUAGAGAACUUCGCUCUCUCUGAACCAUUGGUCGUCCCCCAAACGGUACAGAGUGGAGUGUCCGACAGAGCAGACAAAGCAGGCGAUUCUCUGAAUGAAUACAUUCUAAAAUAUGAGACUGAUUCAGAUUGGCUGACCGACAUCGACCUAGAAAGCAUAAUCAAACAGGUUCAGAGCGAAGAAGAAGAUAUGUCAGAUAGAGAAGAUAGCGCAGACGAUUCCUUAAUCAAAGAAACUAGUCUAACACACAACCAUAAGACUGAUCCAGAUAGGUUGACCAUCUCUGACGUUGAAAGUCUCCCAAAACAAGCACACAGUGAGGAUGAUGAUGCGUCAGACAGAGCAUACAGAGCAUACGAACCUGAUUCAAAUUGGCUGAAUGAGUUUGACCUAGAUAUAAAAGACAUUAUCAAACAGGAACAAAGCGAAGAUGAUCUAGAUGUGUCAGAUAGUCAAAAGAAAGCAGUCAAAGUUGAAGAUCCCUUCAGUACUGAGUGUAAUAUAACAUACGAGAGUGAUUCAGAUGCAUUGUCCAAAUCUGAACUGGGAAACCUCUCACAACAGGCACAUAGCGAGGAUCAAGAUGUGCCAUAUUGUAGAGAGAAAAAAGGUAAAGCCUUUUCUGAUGGAGAAGAUUCCUUGAGUUCAUACUCUAAUCUAAGAUACGAGGCUGAUUCAAAAAGGUUUUCCGACUGUGACAUGGAAAUCCUCCCAAAACAGUUUGAUAGCGAGUCAGAAGAUAAUCCUUUGGGUGACUUCACACAUGAAUAUAACUACGACGCUGAUGUAGAUGGAGUAACUGAUUCUGAACCAGAAAGUGUCCCCAAGCAGGUUCAGAUGGAGUCAGAUUUCACCGAUGAAGAAGAAGGAACAGCUGACAAGCCUAAUGAUUCUCCUAGUCAUACAAGACUCGAGCUAAGUUUUAAAUCUGAAUCCAAGAACCUUCCACAGCAGGCUCACAAAGAAAAAGAGGCUUUGUCUGAUGACGAAGCAAAAGAAUCAAGUCACACAUUAAGGUUGCAGAAUCUUGAAUCCAAGUUUGAAGCUGUUUUAGACGACUUAGCCUCUCCCAGUGGCUCUGACCCUGAAUGCAACAUCAAGAAUAUCAGAAGUAACCAUAGAGGUGAGUUUCAUGAAGAGGAAGGAUGGGUACCUUCAGAAAGUGAGAGCAGUAUCGGGUCAAAACUUCGCAGAUUCAGUAUUGAACUUGAGACAGAUGAACUAUUUAGCACUGACUCUGAAAAAGGACGCGUCCCCACAGAGGCAGAAUUGAAAAUUCUAUCUGAAGAUGAAGAUUAUGCCAUAAAAGUCACCAAAGAUACUGAACUAACACUUCCUUCUAAUGUCGAGAAGGUCAAGGACAAUCAAUCAUGGGAAGAAAGAUAUACCCCAUCAUCAGGACCAGCAGAUUCGACACAUGACACCCAUACUGAACUAAAUAGAGAGGGGUUAGUCACGGCUGCAAACGAAACAAGAGAGAAGCAAGAAGGAAGAAGCUGCAACGAGACUUCUGGAACUGAUGACGUGAACCAGUCGAGUAGAGGUGGAGAAGGAAGUAGUGAAGGGCAGGAGGGUGCCAACACUAGACAAGGUAGCACUGCAGGGGGAUCUGGAGGGGAUGAUCCAAAUGACCCGAAAAAACCUAAACCUCGUAAAGGACCCGAGGACAAGAAAGAUAGAGAUGAAGAACAGGAAAGACGUAAAGCUGCGAAGAGAGCAUUGAUAGAUCAAAUGAUGAGAAUCGCGAGUAAUCUUCUCCAGAACAAGGGUAAACAACAAGAGGUAAAAACACCAACCCAGAUACUCACCAACAUCAACCCUGUGGCUGAAACAGCUGCUUUGUUUGAAGAAAAGGCUUCGCAGACAAACGAAAAGGAAAGCGUUGAAACUCUACAAAAAACCAUUCAAUCAAAAGACAGGGAAAUUGUGUUGCUACAGAAUCUAGUGGAUUGUUGCCGCAAGGAUUAUGAAGAACUCCAAGAGAGUUUCAACGGAUACAUAGACGAAUUUACAGAAGUCGAUCAACUUAGGGAUAUGAUUAGCGCCAUGUACACCGACAACAGCAUCCUAAGACAUGACAAUCAAAAGCUCAAGAAUCAGCUAUACCACAAAACUGAAGAGGCUGCACGAGCUUAUGAUAAAAACAAAAAGUACAAGAAUAACAUCUCUAAAAUGGAAAUUGAUCUUGACUCCUUGAAAUCAGAAAACCAAGAGUUAUCCAAGAAACUAAAAAGCUAUGCAGCGACACCACUAUGUGACGGACAAAAAGAUGAAACUGAUAAAGAACAGGAGAGUGGGCUGGGUAAAACAUGCAGUCUUCAAGACGUAGAGGCCAUGAAGGCUGAGGAGGAAAACCAAGCAUUGAAAAGAAAACUGGAACAAUUUGAAGUUUCUCUCAAGGCACAAAAGAAGGGAAAUACGGAAUUGAAGGAAAAACUCGCCCAGCAAAAACUGGCUCAAAAGCAGCUUGAAUCAAAGAUACAAAAACUAGCUGAGGAGAACCAGACCCUUAGCACCAAGUGUAGUCGAUUCCAAAAGGACUGCAGCGAGAUAUCAGUGGAGGAGAUUGUCAAGGACUUAAGAAGAUUGCAUGAAGAGAUUUCAGAAGCAAGAAAAGACCUAGCAAGUGACAACACUGUAGAUAACUCUAACCUGAAAGGGCCGACCUUAAGUCCUUUGUCCAUUGAACUCGCCGAAGCUGAUGACUGUAGCCCACAACACCAGCCUGAUGUGAAUCCAGGUGUUGAGCUGCACACAUUGACGUAUUCACUUACAGCCCUGACAGAAGAGCUUAGAGAACAGAUCGCUAAAAGCAAAGUCCGACUGACCAGGUCCUACUCUGAUAACAAUUACAGUGAACUCGAACAAAGAAGUAACGAGAAAAUGAGAGAGCUGAAUGAAGAGAUAGCUGGACUACACGACAAGUUGGAUGAAGAUGCCGAAAAGUUUAAGCACUUGGAGGGCCUGUUGACCAGUUCGUAUACAGAAAGCGAUAGAAUGAACGAAUGGAUUAUCGAGCUGCAGCAAGAAUUAUCCAACUCCAAAGAAAUGCUAAAUCAGACAGUUGUAGAAAACGAUCAAAAGCUGGACGAACUUAAAAGUGCUAUGGAAAUGAAAGACCAAAAACUUGAGGGGAUGAUGAUCCAGCAUCAAAACCUUCUAGAAGCUAACGACGCCCUGAGAGGUGUAAUACAUACACUUAAUAUGAACGGCGCUACAAGCUCCAGCAAGAUCAUUGAACUAGAAAAUUACCUUGAAGAAUUAGAGUCCGAAAAUGAAAAGCUUUUCAAACAACUUUGUGAACAAAAAACAAUUCUGCAUAAAAUCCAAAGAGAAAGUGAAGAAAGACAGGUUUUCUCGAGCGAAGAUGUUGAGCAGUUACAUUACGCUCUGCAAAAUAAAGCCGAUUCAUUGGUGGAUAUUCUGGACACUGUCAAUCAAAUGGCUGCUAAUCAUCCGGGAUAUCAUGACCACCCGUGUAUUUCAGCUAUUGAAAAUGGUCUACAACUGGUAUAUGAUGUGAUAGGUUUGCUUAAAGCUGUUGGUCAUGCAUACAUGCCAAGUAGCGAGAGUUACGUUCGUGAGGAGAGUGUGCGCGAACCCUUGCAGGAAGAAACGCGCGAACAAGAGCUUGAGGUCAUGGUGGAAAACCUACAAGAAGAAAAUAAGAAACUCCAAGAAAACAUGCAAAGGUAUCUUGAGAACAAUGAAGAAAAUCGAACUGGGCGUCCUGGAGAAAUCAAUAUGCUGUUCAUGGAAUCUAUAACAGAUCCGUUAAGGGACGAAGAAUGUAGAUUGGACAAAAUGGACGACGAGGUAGGAGGCAGGGAGGCAAACCUUGUUCAAAAGAGCUCAUCAGAAAUUAUAGACCAAUUGGAAAAACAAUUCCACGAUCGACAGGAUUCCGAAAUUGAGCUGCAACAGAAAGCAAACACUUUAAGGCUGCAAAUCGAACAACUUAAGGCAGAGAAAAGUAAAGAUGAUACGAAAUACCAGGCAUUAAUGAACUCUAUUGAUGCUAAGCAGAAUAGCCUAGAGGAACAGCGAAUGAAAGAAGAACAGUUGUUGAUGGAAAAGCUUUCUGGCAUGGAAAUUGCUAUUUCGGAAAUGCAGAAAGAAAAGCAGAAUGCAGAACAAAAAGCUCAGGAUGAAAUCAAUCUGAUAAGACAAGAGUCACAGGAGAAGGUUACAGCCUUGGAGAAAAGCUUGAAAGAACGCAGAGAUUCAGAAACCAUGCUAGAAAACAAAAUGUUUUCCCUUGAAGCUAGGAUUUCACAACUGAAUGCUGAAAAAGCCGAACGAGAAGAAAACAUCAAAACGAUGUGGGAGGCCUUGAAUGCAAGAAAGAACCUAGAACAACAUCUGCGAGAGAAGCAAGAUGUAGAAAAGCAACUCGUGAAGAAGGUGGAAAAUCUAAAUCUUAAAAUAUCUCGUGUAAGAACUGCAAAGAAGUCCUUGCGAAGAGAGUUGGCAAAGAUGCAUUUAGACAAUCACAUGAAUUCCAUAGAAAUUAGAAAUCAGCUUCAGAAACUCAAAAAAGAGCUUGUUGAGUGUACUGAACGAGAGAAAGUACUGCAUGACAGGAUUAAAAAGCUGACAGAGGAGAGAGACAAGGCAGAAAGCAUGAUGGAAGCCCAGGCGACGUUGAUCAAGGAAAGCUCAGAGGAGAAGAUGGAAGAUCUAGAAGAACUACUGAGAAAAAAGAGUCACUCUGAGAUGGAACUGCAAGAACAGAAAACAUCCCUGGAGCGAGAGCUCAAGCGGCUAGAGAAAGAGAAAAAUGAACAUACUAUAAUGAUAUCUGCAAUACUGAGAGCCGUGAAAGCCAAGCAAAAUCUCGCUAAGGCUGUCAAAGAUAAGUGCAAAACAGAGAAGGAUUACAAAGCCAAGCUUGAUGAAAUAGAAAUGGUAAUAAACAAGUUGAAGACAGAAAAGAGCAAGCCAAACUGUGACGUGGGUUUAAAGGAAAAGUACAAAGAAAAGUAUUUUGAACUACGUAGAAUUGUAAGGAAACUUGAAGAUGACCUGAAUAGUCAUAACAAACGCGUAGAGGAGCUUCAAACUGUUGUUCUUACAGCUGUUGAAGACGAAGACAAAUUAGGAAAAGCGCGUGAGUCAAAUUUGCAACGGAGUAUCGCGACACUAAAGGAUACACUCAGGGAUAACCACGCGUGUGAAAUCAAGCUUUACAAAACCCUACAGACAGUAAACUCCAAGAUUUUAGUCUUAGAAAAUGAGAAAGCUGAGGGUGAAAAAAUGAUGAAAGGCCUGUUAAGGUGUAUAGGGGGUGGAGAAACAUCCCAUCAAAGUCCCUCAGCUUCAAAUACAGACAAAGCCUUUCUAAGACUGAUAGGUGAAGUUAUCGAAGGUGUACACAGGCUUAGACAAGUCAAGCAAAGAGUUGAAGAAGAUCUCGAAAAUUUCGAAAAAAUGGUAGCAACAGCAAGAAGCGAGAAUGAAAUGCUACAGAACCAGUCUUUUGAACGAAUCUCAGGAUUAGAGCUGUCAUUAAAGGAAAAAUAUAUAUCAGAGACAGAACUACAAGAGCGAUUGAGGUCGAUGGAAAAGAAGGUUGCUAAUUUGGAAAAUGAAAAACACAAUGCAGACAUGGCCAUCCAGGCUAUGUUGGAGUCUCUGAAAUCUAAAGAUGAACUCGAGAAGCUUCUGAAACAAAAGAAAGACAUCGAAAAUAAACUGAAACAAGAAGUAUUAGGGCUGGAACAAGAGAAAAAACAGAAUGACAUGAAAGUGAAAUUUCUUCAGCAGCAAGUUCAUGACAUGGAGGAAUGCUUUAAAGAGAAAACAACUGAUACUUCAAGCAAUUUGGCACAACACAUACAGAUGUUCAACACAAACCUUUCAACGGCAAAGAACGGCAGCAACAACUAUGAGGAGGAGAUGGAAAAAUACAACAAAAUCUUCAAGCCUGAGACGUCAGAUGGAGCAUCGGGUCUGCACACGAUCAAACAAGUCACACAAACAUUCCAACAACAAAACCAUCUUGAAGAGGAACUCCGACAAGUGAUUACAACAUUGACAGAACAGAACAAAGAACUCCAAGAAGAGAAAACAGCUUACAUUGAAGAGAACAGGAACGUUGUGAAGUGCUUAAAUAACCUGAACCUAGAGCUAGAAACUGCUAAUCGCGAAAGACAGAAAUUGUUAGCUGAAGUUACUGAACUCAAGUCUGACAGCUCGUUUGCAGCAAGAAACUCGCGCAAACUGAUUGAGGAACUGACGAGAAGAGAGAAGGAGCUGUUGGAAAAAAUAGAUGAAAUGAAGGCAUCUUUGAAGAUCAUGGAAGAGCGCAGCCAAGAAAUGAUGGAGUUGAAGAUUAAGAUCGCAGAGCUGGAGAAUAGAAAUUACGAACACAGUGCAAAGAACAAAAAACAAUACCAUGAUCAGAUGUCUGAAUCCAGGAUAGCUAAAGCCAAGAUACAAGAUCUUAAUCUCCACUUACAGCAGAUAAUACAGUUUGAGGAACACCUCAAGAGUGAUAUCGACUUCUUGAAUGCAAAGGUUACGGAGAUGAGUGUACAGAUUAGAAACGAAAAGAUGAAAAAUGCUGAAAUAGAAAAACUGUAUAGCAUGACCAAGAAUCGAAUAACUGAGCUUGAGCAGAGGAUUGCAUGUAAACAGGAACAGAUUGACAAUCUCAGGAAGAGCAAUGAAGAACUACGGGGACAAGUUGUUUGCUUACACGAGGAGAAAGACAAUCUUUCUAGUGCUUUAGAUGAUAACUACCACUUGAGAUUAGAGCAAAGAGACAUCCAGAUUAAGCAACUCAAAAAUAAGUUAGAAGAACAGGAAGAAAAGAUCAGAGAAAGCGCAAGACGACAGGAUGAUUUGACGCAGCACCAAACACAGAUGUUUAUGGGUACGAGAGGAUGUUUUUCUGGUGACGUGAACGUUUUGCGUGAAAAUGAUGACCAGCGAAAUACCACCAAGGYAAUCAUGGAUUCCCUAGAUGACACUGAAAGAAGAAUCGGGAAGCUCAAGUCAAGCUGGAAAUACUUCGAGGAGCAACAGAAAAGAUCGUUAUUAAGCACCAGUAUUGACAGUGUCAACAGAAACACUAYUGCCUGCAACAGCAGUUAUUAUCGGCCAUCAUUUGGCUGCAGUACGACACUAGUCUAA